AGAGAACAUAUAAUAAAAUAAAGUUUUGUUUAAAAAAAAAUAGAUUUUAAGAAUAUAGACUCAAAUAAAUGCGUCAAUAAAUGUCAAGAAGUGGCAAAAAUGUAGGUAACUUACAAAUUUUAAAUCACUAACAGAAAUCUCAAAAAAAUAAAAACAAUAAACAAACAAAAUCCGUUCUAAAACUUUCUUCUUCUUCUCUCUUUCCCUUCGUAUCUUCUUCUUCUUCUUCAACCUCUCGAUCUCACUGAUUUUUCUCUUCAACAACUCGAUCUUCCCUUCCUAUUUUUCAAUUGGGGUCUUGCAAACGAAUAUCUGCUUUGAAAUUGAACGAAAUUAUUUAGUUUUGGUGGUUUUUCUUCGACUUCACCAAUCUGUUGAACUCAAGGAGAAUAUAUGAGAUAACAUCAGUCUUCAUUUCUGUGAGUUUCUAUAAUGGAUCAGCUCGUUAACUUCAUCAUUCGACCUCCAAGGUUAAUCCUUCUCUUUCCAAAAUUAAGAAUUUGGGUUUUUUUGUGUUUCCAAAAUUCUCAAUCGUUAUGUGUUUGUUAGAUUCAAUCGUUUUAAAAAUUGGGUUUUUAUCGUUGAUGACUAGAAUUUUGUUGUUUAUGUAAGCCAGAGAAUUUUGUGGACCGCUUGCAAAUUUGUCUUCUUCCUAAUUUCAUAAUUAUUCUCUGUACUUGACUUGAGUUUCUGAUUAGAAGAAGAAUUAUCAAUUCUUCUCUUUUUGGCCACCCAUGUGAUCUCUCUGUGUCGUUACUGAAACUUACUAUUCAGAUUCGACUGGGAGGGUCCUAAUUCUGAAUCUUCAUCUUUUGGUUUUGAUAUGACUCUGUAAGACUUAAGAUUGGGAAGUUACUAGAGCUGAGUAUGACCCGGAACAUGAUCUCUUGGAAAAGAAGUUUAUGAUGAAAGGUAGAUGGUAUCAGAGAAAAGAUUUAGAGGUUAAAAACAGUAGGGGAGAUGUUCUCCAGUGUAGUCAUUAUAUGCCAGUUGAACGCCCUGAAGGAAAGCCUUUACCCUGUGUAAUAUACUGCCACGGAAACAGUGGAUGUAGAGCGGAUGGUAGUGAAGCCGCAAUUGUGUUGCUGCCUUCGAACAUCACAGUUUUUACCCUUGACUUUUCGGGAUCGGGUCUCUCAGGCGGGGAACAUGUCACCUUAGGCUGGAACGAAAAGGAUGAUCUGAAGGCUGUGGUUGAGUUUUUGCGGCAGGAUGGAAACAUAUCCUUGAUUGGGCUAUGGGGGCGGUCAAUGGGUGCUGUUACUAGCUUGAUGUAUGGAGUCGAGGAUCCUUCGAUUGCAGGAAUGAUUCUAGACAGCCCCUUCUCCGAUUUAGUUGAUCUGAUGAUGGAACUUGUUGAUACAUAUAAGUUUCGUCUGCCAAAGUUUACUGUAAAAUUUGCUAUACAGUUUAUGCGGAGAGCUAUUCAGAAAAAAGCAAAGUUUGAUAUAAUGGAAUUGAACACCAUUAAGGUGGCAAAGGCUAGUUUUGUUCCGGUUUUAUUUGGACAUGCCUUAGAUGAUGACUUUAUCCGCCCUCAUCAUUCAGAUCGUAUAUAUGAAGCUUACGUAGGUGACAAAAAUAUCAUCAAAUUUCCGGGAGACCACAACUCCCCAAGGCCUCCAUUCUAUUUUGAUUCGAUCAAUAUCUUUUUCCAUAACGUUCUUCAACCCCCAGAGGUGGUGGGGCCGACAUUUUAUGACCCAUUGGAUGAUUACUUUGCAAAUGGCAGUUGGGGAACUAUGAAUGACACAAAUAUUCCACAAUCCUCUGUACAGAAAAGUUUAGCCGCAGGUAGCAUCUCUGAGGCAAUUAAUGAAGUCCGCAAGAAACGACCCAUGAGUCGCACAGAUGUUCCUUCAAAUGUCACACUCACAUCUAACGGUUCUCCAUCAGAAACUAAGGAAAAAGAGAAUCCUGAUGGCCGUGGCAGUUCAUCGUCUCCUGAUAUGAUAAGCUUUGAUUUGUCAGACGGCAAUCAAUACCCUCCUCACCUUAGGAUGGCUUUAGAUGAUGAUCAAUAUGUUGAGUAUCAGAUGGAGGACAUGGCUGAUUUCCCAUCUAAUGCAGAGGAAGAAGAAAGAAUGCUUAUGAAAGCGGUGAUGGAAUCGUUGAAAGACUUGGAAGUGCAAAGUCAACAGAAAAAAGAACCUCCUGAGACGAGAAUUCAUGGCGGCUCUGCUUUUUUAAAUGCAGUUCAAUGCAUUUCAUCCAGGGAAGAAUCAACUUCAACUCGAGCAAAUCAAUCAGAGACUGAUUCUGCUUCCAGUCCAGUAACACGUAGCCAGGAUCAACUACCGUCAUCUUCUGAGUCCAAUCCUCCUAGUGAGACCUCGAGUUCUCUGGCGAGAACCGUAACCUCUUCUGUUCCCGGCUCUUUAAGCCAGAAGGAAAGCGAGACUGGUGACGUGCCAGGUACAAAGGCCACCGUGACAGUGGAACGUAGUAGUAGUGCACCGGGGAAAGUCUUAGACGGGUUAAUACGCAGGUGGGAUCUUAACUUUUUCAAAAACAACAAAUAA